GGUGCAUGCGAGCUAACAGACGACCAGGGUGAGUCUAGUGAAGAUCCUGUGGGCCAGAAUUUAUCCCAAGCCGUCCGUGCGUUUCACCCGCAGGCAUCGAUGUACAGGCUCGAACACACCAGUUGUGAUGUCUGCAGAGGUCGAGUAGUGUAAGAUAUGUGGGGAUUCUGCUUCAAAACGCUAUACAGAAGUGCGCGGUAGGUUGAAACUGAAAGGAAGCGGAUGAUAAGGGACGAAGAUGACGAUAAUGAACGCGAAGCCGACAUAGUCCUCGUGCCGAUCAUACAAGUUCAUGGACCGUGUGCCGUUUAAUCUACUUAGCUCGACACAUGAGCAGUCAGCGAUCGAACAGCUAGUAAGGAAAGUGAUGUUCGUCCGACCGACGCGUGGCGUCUUCUCACCUCUGCAACGCGAGGUUGCCUACCUUCCACGGCAUGCGAGCUCGAACGGUUUCACCUUACGCCUGUAUCCUCCACGAAACAGGCGUCGCGCGCCUAGUCAAGACUGUCGAGGGAAGGCGACGAUGUGAUCUGAAAGGGCCGACACGAUUUCCAAUUUCACAAUGGGCGAUUCGUUUACAGGAAGAGUUCAAAAGAAAAGGAAAGAACCGACGCAAAGAAGUACCUCCGCACAUCAGGUCCUCGCUGCCUCCUUCAAAGAGAUCUCCCUGCCGCGAUGAGGUCGAGGGAGCGAGACUCCAGUUCCAAGGUCGCGGAAAAUGUCGUCGUGCUCCACAGGCGAAAGACGGCCAAGCUCUCGGACACCAUAUGAGACCACCAGUAUUUCUGAGCACGAUCAACGGUGUCGAUGCUGGAUCUAGCUCUCGUGGUCAACAAAGGACCAAAAAUUUGGAACAGAGGCCGAGUCGAGGCGCGACAUCUAGACAACGGGCCCAAGCACCAGUCUUGAGGCAGAGUUCACGGCCACAAGAAAUGUCGCGAGAGAAGGUCCAACAAGGGAGAAGCACGAGAUACCACGGCCCUUCUAACAGACCGCCGAGACAGAACGAAGUCGCCAGCUCAACGAGGCAGGUAUCGAACAGCCACUCUUCCAGGAACACCAUCCAGCAAAGACAAGUCCACCCACCUCAGCUGGUUGAACGGGAUAGGCGAAGCAGCACGCGGAACCGGACUUCGAAAGGGCCGGGAAUUCGAAGCAGGCGCGGACAACCACCACUCAGCAAUCGCGUGCUGGACAAAUUCGACCAUGUAAUAGAGGUCAUGAAGCGCACGGAUAGAGGAAACUCACAAUCUCCUAUAUGAGUGAACCAAAGCGGGCGGUGAUGGUUUCAGAAUUACGGAAUGUGCAGAGUUGUGCAGGGAUGUGAAGGAUUGUGCAGAGUUGUAAAGGAUUGUGGCAGGCUUGCGUGUAAUGCUAUUGUUGUUGUGUAUUUACAGGUUCCAGACGACAACACGGCCAUCGACGCCACUGGUACUGAUUUGACUGACUGAGUCAAGAGAACCAGCAUAUGCGCGGACAGUGCUGAUAGAGUUUUGGUGUACAGUCUUCAGUUGAGUAUCGUCGAUAACCUUGC